AUGCAGCAACGCGAACAGGAUUUACAAAGGAAACUCAGAGUGGUUAAAGAACGGUAUCAGGACUCUCAAAGCCAGCUAACAGAUAUUGAGUAACAUGAACAAUAUAUGCAGCGGCUGUUGAGAGAGCUUCAGGAACGAGAAAAAAAUUCUCAAAGGCAACUGAUGGAGUUUCAACAACGUGAACAAAAUAUGCAGCGGCUGUUGAGAGAGCUUCAGGAACGAGAAAAUUUCUCAAAGGCAGCUGAGGGAGUUUCGUGAAGAAAACAACGUGAGGGGGUUUCAACAAGAAGAAAAUUCUCAGGGGCAGCUGACGGAGUUUCAACAACGUGAAGAAAAUUCCCAGAGGCAGCUGGUGGAGUUGCAGCGGAAACUGAGGGAGAUAGGACAGCAGUUGACCAAUUGCCGAGGACAAGUUUCUGAACUACAGUUAAGUCUUUCAACAGCACAGGAAACAAUAAAUCAAUUGCGGAACCAAGAAACACGUGACUGGGUUAUUCCCCGGGACGAAAUUCAAAUCACAGAGAAAUACCUUGGGAGGGGAGGAUGGGGAAUUGUCAACGAGGGAACGUAUUGUGGCUGUACUGUAGCAGUGAAACAGAUCCAUGAGUUGAUUCUUUCUCCUCAUAAUAUAAACCUGUUUGAAAGAGAAAUGAAUAUCGCUUCUAAAUGCCGCCAUCCUCACUUACUACAGUUCAUCGGCGCCACGAAAGAUGAGGGAACUCCUCUGUUUGUGACUGAGCUGAUGGAGAAAAGUCUUCGCACUUUGUUGGAGCAGCGGCAACUCUCCGAGACAGAAAUAGCAGUUAUUUCUCUGGAUGUAGCACGUGCCCUGAACUACCUUCAUCGAUAG